AUGACGCGUGUGUUGUGGGGAGAGAGGAGAGAGGAGGAGAGAGGAGGAGAGGAGAGAGAGGAGAGAGAGGAGGGAGAGGAGGAGGGAGAGGAGGAGAGAGAGGAGGAGAGAGAAGAGAGGAGGGAGAGGAGAGAGGAGAGAGAGGAGAGAGGAGGAGAGAGGAGAGGAGAGAGAGGAGAGAGGAGAGGAGAGAGAGGAGAGGAGAGAGAGAGGGGAGAAGGGAGGAGAGAGGAGGAGAGAGAGGAGGAGAGAGAGGAGGAGGGAGAGGAGGAGGGAGAGGAGGAGAGAGGAGGAGAGGAGAGGAGAGAGGAGGGAGGAGGAGGAGGAGGAGAGGAGGAGGAGAGGAGAGGAGAGAGGAGGAGAGAGAGGAGGGAAAGGAGAGAGGAGAGAGAGGAGGAGAGAGGAGAGAGGAGAGAGAGGAGGAGAGGAGAGAGAGAGAGAGAGGAGGAGAGAGAAGAGAGGAGAGAGGAGAGAGAGGAGGAGAGGAGCAGGGAGAGGAGGAGAGGAGGAGGAGAGAGGAGGAGAGAGGAGGAGAGAGGAGGAGAGGAGGAGGAGGAAGAGGAGGAGAGGAGGAGGAGAGAGGAGGAGAGAGGAGGAGAGAGGAGGAGAGGAGGAGGAGGAAGAGGAGAGAGGAGGAGAGAGAGAGGAGAGUCCUGUUUUAUUUUCGUGAGACGCAGAGGCUCAGAGAGGCAGAGGCUCAGAGACGCAGAGGCUCAGAGAUGCAGAGGCUCAGAGAUGCAGAGGCUCAGAGACGCAGAGGCUCAGAGACGCAGAGGUUUAGAGAUGCAGAGGCUCAGAGACGCAGAGGCUCAGAGACACAGAGGCUCAGAGAUGCAGAGGCUCAGAGAGGUAGAGGCUCAGAGACGCAGAGGCUCAGAGACGCAGAGGCUCAGAGACGCAGAGGCUCAGAGACGCAGAGGCUCAGAGAUGCAGAGGCUCAGAGACGCAGAGGCUCAGAGAUGCAGAGGCUCAGAGAGGUAG